AGAUAGUGAUGGACCGGGGUGCCUUGGCGAGAAAGUGUGGACGCAUUUUAAUGAGACGACCAUUCUUUUAUCUUUAAUUUUUCUCAAAGAAAAUGGAAAACUGGCUAGAAACGUGAAUAACUUUACGUAUAAUUUCAACGCAAGCCAGUAGGAGCUAAGGUCAUCGCAGUCAUUCGCUUUCACUCGAAGACGGGACGCCGGAUAAGGAGAACCAGGGAAAGCUUUGUUCAAAGCUAUAGGCAGUCUUCAUCAUGUCCAUCAGCUUCGAGAAGUAUCGGUCGCAAAUCGUGGCCGCAUGGAAGGAUGUGCUCGACGACAAGAGCAGUACGAACUGGUCACUGUUCGGCUACGAGGGUCAGACAAACGAGUUGAAGGUCGUGGGGUCUGGAGAUGGCGGUGUGGAGGAGCUGAACGAGGACCUCAAUAGUGGAAAGAUCAUGUAUGCUUUCGUACGCAUCGAAGACCCUAAAACUGGCCUCAACAAGUACUUACUCAUCAACUGGCAGGGGGAAGGUGCACCUGUGCUCCGCAAGGGGACUUGCGCCAACCACAUCCGUGACGUCGGAAACCUCCUGUCCGGCGCCCACCUAACCAUCAGUGCCCGUAAUGAGGACGAUAUUGACUUGGACCGUCUGCUCAAGAAACUAAGCACUGUUAGCUCUGCUUACAGCUUUAAAGAGCCGCGCACCACUACGGAGGAGCAAAAGGCCCCAGUGGGCACCAACUACACUCGAGUCAUUCCAACCAAGGAGUUGAACGCCAGCGUCAUGCAGGACUUUUGGAAGAAGGAGGAAGCUGAGGAAAAGCUUCGUUUGGAAGCGGAAAAAGAAGCAAAGCGCUUAGAGCUGCAGAAGCUGGAGCAGGAACAGCGCAGCCGCGAGGAGAAGGAGCACAAGGAACGCGAGAAAGUCGUUGUGAGCACAACAAAACUCCAGCCAGCCCACGUUCCUAUUAAAACCUCCCCGCAACCACUUAGUCCUGAAAAAACAGCCCCAGGAUUUGCAAGCAAUAUGACUGAUGCUGAGCGAUUGCGGCAAGCAAGGAACCAGGAGGCUCGUGAGUUGAUUGGAUCGCGUGUAGGAGCAGCCAAGGCCAUUUUCACCCAACACACCAGCGAGAGUCAGAUACAAUCUAAGCUUAACACUAACCCGCCAGCGAAACCGGCACGCAAUUCCAUAGCACAGCGCAUCAACGCUUUUAACCAAAACGAGCCUCAAGUCGGAUCUGUGCCUUCAUUAUCGCCAGUCAAACUGUCAACACCGGAGCCAGCUCCGGCCGUGGCACCGGUAGCUGCCGAGGUCGUAUCUGCCAUAACCGAGAUAGAAGAAACUCAACCAGGGGACGACUUACCACUGGCGCACGAAAGCGAGCAGUUCUCGACCAUUAAGCGGUCGCCACACAGUAAAACUAAUUCGCUGCAGUCCCAGUCCCCUGACGAGACCACAUCUUCCAACGAAACGGAUACAGCUGUGUUCCAGGAGCCCGAAGAAGAGGAGGUCAGAACCAAAGUAUCAGUCACCGUGCAGCAGUCCCAGUCGUCCAAGGCAAGCGGCCUCAGCACGCUUGAGAGGAACACAUUAACUGAUUUGGUGAACGAGGAUGACUUUAUUUGUCAAGAGAGCUUGGGAGAUCUGGGCCUCCGAGCUCGGGCUCUAUAUGACUACCAGGCAGCUGACGAGUCUGAAAUCACGUUUGACCCGGGAGAUGUCAUAACGCAUAUCGAUCAAAUUGAUGAAGGAUGGUGGCAGGGGUUGGGCCCCGACGGAACCUAUGGACUUUUUCCGGCAAACUAUGUCGAAAUCAUCAACUAGGUGGUGACCCACUUGCCAAGCAAUUGGGGCAUUCUUUUCUAGAAAUCUAAACGAGCAGCAGCUAGCAUCUACACUUUGCCCAUACUAAACACUUGAACAAUAAUUAGAUACACCUAAAAGAGGAUCAUCGAGGACAAAAGAUGUCCAUAACCCUUUACCCAACAUUAAGCGUCUGUUCGGUCUUACCUUCGCAUAUAUUAUAUAUUAUGUAUUCUAGCCAUAUUCAUGUAUGUGUGACGUAUUCACCCGUUGUUCCCAUCUGUGUUUACAUAUAUCAGUGUUUGGCUUCGAUUGUCGAAGCCGUGUUGCGUCCUUUUAAACCUAUCUUGGAUAUAGACUGUAAGCCUUUAGUCAGUAUUUACGGAGACUAUUCCCGGAUUACGAUUCUUUUGUAUUUUGUAUUAUUGAUGGAACUAUGAAACCUUUUCGAUAAUAAAUUUUAAUAAUUGUGCAACAGGA